UGCCCGAUACAUACUCCGCCAUCAUAAGCUGCCAUCAUGGUGAAGCUCACAAAGGCAGGUAAAAAUCAAGGUGACCCCAAGAAAAUGGCUCCUCUCCCAAAGGAGGCAGAAGAAGAUAGUGAAGAUGGAAUGUCAGAAGAUGAAGAUGAUGACAGCAGUGAAGAAGAGGUUAUCAUCCCUCAGAAGAAAGGCAAGAAGGCUAAUGCAACCCCAGCAAAGAAAGUGGUGAUUUCUCCAACAAAAAAGGUUGCAGUUGCCACACCUGCGAAGAAAGCAGCUGUCACCCCAGGGAAAAAGGCAGCAGCCACACAGGCCAAGAAGACGGUUACACCAGCCAAAGCAGUUGCGACACCUGGCAAAAAGGGAGCCACACCAGGCAAAGCACUGCUAGCAACCCCUGGUAAGAAGGGCGCUGCCACCCCAGCCAAGGGAGCAAAGAACGGCAAGAAUGCCAAGAAGGAAGACAGUGAUGAGGAGGAGGAUGACAGUGAGGAGGAUGAUAAGGAUGAUGAUGAAGAUGAGGAGGAGGAUGAAUUUGAACCAGCAGUGAUUAAAGCAGCAACUGCUGCCCCUGCCUCAGAGGACGAGGAUGAUGAGGAUGAUGAAGAGGAUGAGGAUGAGGAUGAUGAAGAAGAUGACUCUGAAGAAGAAGCUAUGGAGACCACACCAGCCAAAGGAAAGAAAACUGCAAAAGCUGUUCCUGUGAAAGCUAAGAGCAUGGCCGAAGAUGAAGAUGAAGAGGAGGAAGAUGAGGAUGACGACGAUGAGGAAGAUGAUGAAGAGGAGGAGGAUGAUGAAGAGGAGGAGGAGGAGGUGGAGGAAGAGCCUGUCAAAGAAGCACCUGGAAAACGAAAGAAGGAAAUGACCAAAUAGAAAGCAGCUCCUGAAACCAAGAAACAGAAAGUGGAAGCCACAGAACCAACUACAUCUUUCAAUCUCUUUAUUGGAAACCUGAACUCGAACAAAUCUGCUCCCGAAUUAAAAACUGGUAUCAGUGAUGUUUUUACUAAAAAUGAUCUUGCUGUCGUGGAUGUCAGAAUUGGUAUGACUAGAAAAUUUGGCUAUGUGGAUUUUGAAUCUGCUGAAGACCUGGAAAAGGCCUUGGAGCUCGCUGGUUUGAAAGUCUUUGGCAAUGAAAUUAAACUAGAGAAACCAAAAGGGAAAGACAGUAAGAAAGAUCAAGAUGCCAGAACACUUUUGGCCAAAAAUCUUCCUUAUAAAGUCACUCAGGAUGAAUUGAAAGAAGUGUUUGAAGAUGCUAUGGAGAUCAGAUUAGUCAGCAAGGAUGGGAAGAGUAAAGGGAUUGCUUAUAUUGAAUUUAAGACAGAAGCUGAUGCAGAGAAAACCUUUGAAGAAAAGCAGGGAACAGAGAUCGAUGGGCGAUCCAUUUCCCUCUACUACACUGGAGAGAAAGAUCGAAGUCAAGACUAUAGAGGUGGAAAGAACAGCACCUGGAGUGGUGAGUCAAAAACUCUGGUUUUAAUUCAGCUCAAAAGGUAA